AAAGUGCUAGCACAUGCAUCCGUUCACUCGAGCAGCCAGAGCGCCCGUAAAUCGCCCUUCUCAAAAAGCAACAUGAAGUAUUCAGCAAUCACAUCUUUCCUUCCGGCAGCUUUCGCUGCACCUAUAAGUGGUCGCGAUACAGACGUGCAGCUACCCCGAGGCUGGAUAGCUGUCAACGCGAUUGAGGUUGCUCGGAUGAUGGCUAGCUCGCCCGCCGACAACAUAUACAGCAAGCGCUUCCCAGGCAGUGUGUAUAUGUGUACCGAGGCAGAAUGGGCUGGCGAAUGCGCACGCGUGACCGUUCCCAUCUCGUAUACAUGCCAGGUUAUUCCGGCGCCGUUCACGUACAAUCUUGGUUCCAUCGGGCCAGAUCGUGGAGCGCUCUGCCGCAUAACUACAGUAUCGAGCCAGUCCAGCUGCGAUGCACACGGCAAUAUCUUUGUCGAGUUCCCUGGCAUCAGGAACUUAUUCAGCUUCAAGGAGCAGAUCUAUGGCAAGGAUGCACAUCACAUCGAGUGCCAGGAGUGCACUGCUUGCCAAGGCGAAGAUUGAUGGUCAGCCUUCUAGCAAGGCUAUAUAAUGGAUGGUAUGCUGCAGUGUCGACACCAGUCGAAGCAGAUCCUGGGCCCAUUGUCAUACAUGGUGGGAACUGGAA